GGACAGGGAGAUACCGACACCAAUUUUGCCACUGGAGUACAAAGCCAAUUGGUGACCUAUGAGCUAAUUAAAUACAACUUUGAAAUUAUGCAGACUGUGCUUUUCGCCCACGGUGAUAGUGACGAUGAUAAUGACGAUUUAUAA